CUAGGGAAUAUAAAGAAACAGCAGAUGAAAAAGGGGCGAACUAACUUGCCUCCAAUUGUCCAGUCUCACGUCAUGGAAAUAGUUACUUUGUUGAGUCUCUCCUGCGCAAAUAAACCGCUCUAAACUACCAAAACGUUGGAUUUAGUCACGUUAGUUUUUAAUGUUUCGCCUUGUUUUCAUCUCGCCCCUUUUGGAUUUCAUUUAAAGAGGUAGGACCGAUAGAAGAUGCGCGCGGACCUGUUUACAAGGAAAUAGCUCCAAGUCCCAGUGCAGGGGAAUGCGCACGGAUAGCAUUACCCAAGGGCUGCAUAUUGUCACGCCAGUACACUUUGUCUUGGAAAUAUUCGCACCGAGGAUAAUCAUUACGCACAGGAAUACGCGGCGACGUUUUUGGCACAACAGAAUUACGCACGGCUAUAAAAUCUCUUUUGUGGAUUAAUUCAACGGACUGCUGCGGUUUUUUGAUCACGCCAGCUUUGUUUGCCAACCUGUUGUCUGCUCAUGUCAAUGGGAAGCGGUUGUAACGAGGGAGGUAAUGCGUAAAGUUGUUACAAGACGAUAGGUAAUACAUUGCAUAAAGAUACGUAGGAUUAUAUCAGGUCUAUUUUAUAUUUAUGGCGCGCAGAGGACAGGUUUUGUGUUUAUGAUUAUUCAUUUUACAUAAAUCCUAACAUUGUUUUGGCACACCUGAUCCAUCAGCUGCAAUGUAAUGUGAUAGAAGUUUAAAUUUUACAGUGAACCCGUGUCAGAUUUUUCCAAUACACCAUGCAUUGAAAGAGCGAGUAAGUGCGUAAUCUCACAGACUAUAGAUGCUAGAUUUUAGGAUCUAGUAAAGCACUCAAGAUGUCAGUGAAAGCUAGAGCUAUUUAUACUUUCCAGAGCGAAAACAAAGAGGAAAUUAAUAUACAGGAAAACGAAGAGGUGCUGAUUUUUGAUGAGAACUCGGUGGACGGAUGGUUUCAAGGCGAGAACAGCCGUGGACAGCGAGGACUCUUCCCUGCGUCCUACGUGGAGAUUAUACGCACUCGUUCCAACUCCAACGUGACCGACGAUUGUUCGAUAAGCCCGGCUGGAUCUCUGGGUAACGACUCCUCUUCCUCCUCCUACAUCCACGGCACGCCAAACUCAACCAACGCGCACUUGCAGCAAAGUUACAGCUACGACGAUGACGACUACGACGAUUGGGAUGACUGGGAUGAUCGAUCGACUGUGGUGGAGGAAAUCGAUCAUCACACGAGUCACACGACGAGGGGUCCGGGGGCCAAUGGGCAUGCACACCAGAGUCAUGUCACAAACUCCAGCAAUCCCAACGUGCACUAUCGCUCUCGCCCCCCCAUGGAGCGCCAGGACAGCAUCUCCAGCUCCAGAAAAAGUGGCAGUAUGGUUGGGAGAAACUUGAAUCGCUUUUCUAGUUUUGUGCGCUCAGGGGUAGAAGCAUUCGUUUUGGGUGAUGUCCCCAUGAUGGCAAAAAUAGCAGAGUCCUAUACCAUUGAGAUGGGACCAGUUGGACCACGUUGGAAAGACAACCCAAAUCCCUUUAUAUGUUCCAUUGAAGACCCAACAAAGCAGACCAAAUUUAAAGGCAUCAAAACCUACAUAUCGUACCGGGUUACCCCUACCCACACGGGACGUCCCGUGUAUAGACGAUACAAACAUUUCGACUGGCUUUACAACAGGCUAUUGAACAAGUUCACUGUCAUUUCUGUGCCACAUUUGCCCGAAAAGCAAGCAACGGGCCGGUUCGAAGAGGACUUUAUUGAAAAACGCAAAAGACGACUCGUAUUAUGGAUGAAUCACAUGACUAGUCACCCAGUUCUGUCCCAGUACGAGGGUUUUGAGCACUUUUUGAUGUGUGCAGAUGACAAGCAAUGGAAGUUGGGCAAAAGGAGAGCGGAGAAGGACGAGAUGGUUGGUGCCCACUUUAUGUUGACGCUCCAAAUCCCAAAUGAACACCAAGACUUGCAGGAUGUAGAGGAGCGAGUGGACACUUUUAAAUCAUUUGCCAAAAAAAUGGACGAUAGCGUUUUGCAGCUAACGCACGUCGCUUCGGAGCUGGUUCGGAAACAUCUGGGUGGGUUUAGGCGGGAGUUUCAGAGACUGGGCAACGCUUUUCAGUCUGUAAGUCAUUCGUUUACUCUGGACCCGCCACACAGUUCGGAAGCCCUCAACAAUGCAAUCUCGCACACGGGACGCACCUACGAGAACAUUGGAGAGAUGUUUGCGGAGCAGCCCAAAUACGACCUCUUCCAAAUGCUGGACAAACUGUCGCUGUACCAAGGCCUGCUCGCCAACUUCCCUGACAUCAUCCACCUGCAGAAAGGUGCUUUCGCGAAGGUGAAGGAGUCUCAGAGGAUGAGCGACGAGGGAAAAAUGGACCAGAACGAGGCGGACGGGAUCAGGAAGCGCUGCCGUACGGUGGGAUUCGCGCUCCAGGCCGAGAUGAGCCACUUCCAUCAGCGGAGGGAGGUGGACUUUAAGGACAUGAUGCAAGCCUACCUCAGAGAGCAGAUCGCAUUCUACCAGAGAGUAACACAGCAACUGGAACGCACCCUGCGCAUGUAUGAGACCCUGUGAACCAUGGGAGGAAAACACACCAAAAUAGACUAAACACAUGGACCAAAAUGCCAAAUAUUUAAAGGAUUAUGGGAUUAAGGAUGUGGGUUGUUGUUGAAAAUGGACACUACUACUUGGGCAGUUUUUGUUGAUGCAAUGCUUUUAAAGAGCUACUGUAAUUUUUAAGUUUUUUUUAGUUUUUUUUUUUUACAUACUUCUAAGUCUUAAGAUGACAGAAUAUGUUGGAGUUUGUUUCAGUAGUUCAAACUUUUAAACGUUAUUUAAAAAUUCACUAUAUGGAAUGUAAAAUAAUUUCUCUCUAUAUAUAUUUUUAAGGCAGUUUUUUGGGGUGAAAUUGUAAAAAUAAGGCCUAAACAUUAUACUGAAGUGAUGAUGAAUUUGUGUAAAAGGUUUUUAAAAAUUACAAAUUGGAAGCACUUGUAAUUGCAGAGUUACAAUAGAUUUUGAAUUCACACUGACACAAAACUAAUACCUUUUCAAGUAGCUGGUAACAUCACACAAGACUGCCCUGAUUACAGCCAGGUGUUUCUGAUUACAAACAUCCGGCUGCACUGUUCCUUAUACCUCCAGACCCCGUCCCUCCUCCUCCCUCCUCACUCUCCCCUUUACCCCUCCAGGCACCGCCCAGUUUAGCAGGUCUAAUUCCAUGUGGUUGUGGGCGGAGCUUAGGCGUUCAAUCCCUCUUUAAACUGAAUAACUGAAACAAACUCCGUGUCAUAUUCAGACUCACUGAUGUAGCACACCACUCAUCGGCAAACAGCAGCAAACUGUCGACUCGCAUAAUUUAAUGUUUUAUGUUCAUGUAAAAGAAGAUCUAGGUUUUAAAUUCAUAGUGGUUUAUAGAUAAUGACAAUAAAGCCAUACAACGGGUG